AUGAAAGCAGAAGAACACAACGGUUUGAAUGGGAUGGAGGAUUCUCGGAACGUUGGGGACGGUAGCGAGGACGAGAACUCGAACGGUCACGACGAUCAACUCGGCCCAGCGGUUAGGGAUGCUCUGAUCAAGAGAGCAGAGGCAGAAGCAUUACAAGUCCAACGAGACCAUGAAAUCACAGUUGCAAGGACUCAGGAAGAAGAAGACGCUGUCAAGAAACAGUCAGUCAAAACGGCAGUCCCUGACAGUAGAAGCAUUAAACCCCAGCCAACAGCUAACCAGCAGAAACAGAAACAGCAGCAUCAAGCUGCAGAAGAAGCCAAUCAAGCCGCAGCUGAAGAAGAAACCAUGAAAAUUGUGGCAGAUCAGGCCAGCUUGUCAACCGCGCUAAUGUUGAAGGAGGACGAAGGUAUCAAGCAGGAACACAAAAACUCAGGCAUAAUGAAAGCUCAGUUCAGCAAACCCCAACAAAGCGGCCAGCUAUCAUUCUUCUCAAAGAAAGAGGCAGCUAUCGCUGCUGGGGGUAUUCCUGUCAAAGGAUUGCCAACAACACAAGUGUUGAAGGAGAGCAAAGAUCUGGAACAAGAACACGAUAUGACAGCUAUGAGUGAUCUCAUCCAAAUGGCAGCGGAAAUCAAUGAAACUGCCAAAAUGGAAAAAUUUGCAGUUGCUGCAAAUUCCCAAGACCACAAUAAUAGCACGGCCAUCGACGAUCUCAUGCAAAUGGCAACCGAACUCAACGAAAAUGCCAAAAUGGAAAAAAUCGCAAAUGCUUCAAAUUCAAUUGUACAAUCAGAACCAAUCCAGCAGAGACCAGGAGCCUAUAUGGGUGUACCAGGAGAAGCCUUACAAAGAGCCAAUAACAUACGAUUCUCUCUGGUGGGUGCCAGUACCACUGGUCCGGGUGAACCAUUGGUGCAGAUGGAUGAUGAAGCUUCCUCGACACUGCUUCAAACAAGGGGUGACUUGCCCACCAUCAGCGAACGACAACUGGCAGUGGCAAAUCUAGUUCUGGAAGAUGAAGAUGAGGAGAAGAGUAUGCCAGCUGCAGAUCCAGUGGAUAUGCAACAGCUCCAAGAUAGAGAGCAAAAGAAGAAGAGACAGAAGCUGGUGUUUAUUGCUGUGGCAGUUUCCUUGUUCAUUGUGGCAGCAGCCACUGUGGGAGCUGUGGUUAGAACUCAAAACCAAAGAGAACCAGAGGCGGUUGUCUUGCCCUUAACAGAAAGUCCUACUAGUUAUGGUUCCAUGACUCCAUCGGAAGUCCCAUCCUCUGCUCCGACUGGAGCUCUGGACUUGCUGUUGGAUAGCCUGCCAGACUACACUUUGGCAAGCAUCAAUAAUGGCAGCGACACUCCGCAGUGGAGAGCAUGGAACUGGCUAGCCAAUCACCAAAAUAUCACAUUUCUUCCAGAAUGGAGGAAGGAACAGUUGUUUGCUCUCGCUACUUUCUUCUAUGCGUUUGAGGGAGACAAUUGGAAUCCUCUCAUAAAAGGCCAUGGAUGGAUGGAUGAUACUGUCGAAGAGUGUGACUGGUUCUCCAGUGGGUUUGGAUACUUCACGCCCCAUGGACAAUACCGGGAGUGGAGGCAUCCAGUCUCUCCAUGUGAUGAACUUGGACAAUAUACCUCACUGAAUCUUGGCGACCUCCAACUUUCUGGUGUUAGUAUAGUUCUCCCCCGAGAGACUACCCUCAUGACUUCCUUGUCCAGACUCCAUUUGAAUUACAAUGACUUUGCCGGGCCUUUCCCAUCAUUUUUCCAAGCAGAAUUUUCCAAAAUGACCGCUUUGACAUCUUUAGACUUGUCUGAUAAUCAAUUGACUGGAUCACUAUCUUCGGAGCUUGGGCUGCUGACCUCAUUGAAAAGGCUUUGCAUGAGUAAUACUCAGAUGAGUCAUUUGAUCCCUUCUGAGCUUGGCCUCUUGACAUCAUUAGGCGAUCUUGAGCUACCUGGCAAUCGCUUAACAGGUCGAAUUCCUUCUGAGCUUGGGCUCUUGACCUCAUUGAAUACCCUUAAGCUUGAGUGGAAUCAGUUGUCCGGUCCACUGCCUUCUGAGGUUGGAAAGUUGACUGCUUUGAAGUGGUUUAACUCGGGAUACAAUGAAUUGUCAGGCCUGAUUCCUUCUGAGCUUGGGCUCAUGACCUCACUGGAAGCAACUUUGCUUGCUGGGAAUCGGCUGUUUGGUCCGAUUUCUUCAGAGCUUGGGCUCCUGACGACAGUGUAUAUGCUGCAUCUUGCUGAUAAUCAGUUGUCCGGUGCAGUUCCUUCUGAGAUUGGAGAGAUGACUGCUUUGAAUUGGUUAGAGUUGAAUCAGAAUCAGCUUACCAGUCAAAUGCCUUCGGAGCUUGGACUUUUGACAGAUUUGUUUCAGCUGAGUUUGAAUGUAAAUCAGUUGUCUGGUCAAACUGCUAUAGAAGUUGGUCAACUGGCCUUGUUGGAAGAGCUAUAUCUUGAAUAUAAUCAGUUGACAGGCCCAGUUCCUUCUGAGCUUGGAGCAUUGACUGCUUUGGACUUUAUGUGGUUGAAUGACAAUCAAUUCACUGGACCAGUUCCCUUGGAGAUUUGGCUCCUGACUUCGUUGCGGGAGCUCUACCUUAAUGACAAUCAGUUUUCUGGCACAAUCCCAACAGAAGUUAGCAUGAUGACAUCACUGACAUCCCUAGCUCUUGAGAACAAUGACCUGACAGGAGCACUGCCCAGUCAACUGAAUGCUUCCAUGGGAUUGAGCCUGUAUGGGAACCAGUUCUCGGGAACUGUUCCAGACCAUCUGUGUUCUUUGCUGGGGUGCAAUUGUUCCCUAAAUGAAACUCCCCCUGUUUCCACCUGUGCUGGUCUCACAGAAGCUCCGGUUGAUUGGCCUGGGUUGUUUCCAACCAGUGGUGCUGAUGUCAUGCUGAAUAUCCAAACUGAUGAAUAUCCAGAGGAAACAUCGUGGAUCUGGCAGCAGGAAACCAAUGUGACUGGCAUUUGGGGCACACUGGAAUCAGGUGGUCCACUGGAAGAUGCAGAGCAUGUAUACUCCUCUCUCUUCCCGUUCAAUGGGGACGCAGUCUACAGAUUGAUUGUAUCAGACAGUUUUGGUGAUGGCAUACCCCAUGGGUGGAUCACUCUGACAGCCACCAACCAAACAGUGUUGUAUUCUUUGGUAGGUACGGAGGAAUUUUCGGAAAUCACCGUUGACGUUUUGGCUGGAGCAGAUGGAUCCAUUGAGGUGACCAACUCGACAGCUCUGUAG